AUGGCGUCAGGAAAGGUGAACCUAAAGACCUUUUGGCGAGCGGCUCGCACGGUCUUCUUCCUGCUCUCCAUGGUAACGUCGCUGCUGAUGCUGUCGGCACCGCUUCUCGUGGCGCUUGGGGACGUGACAACGUCGCUAGUUCUGGCAUCGAGAUGCUACGGGGUCUGGGAGCACAUGGAAAAAUACACUUUCCAAAGCUCUCUCAUGGAUAUUCCCCUUGUCUCCAUCGUCAGAUCUCUUAUAAUUACAUGUGAGACGCUCAUCAUUCUGCGUUGCCUUCAUUGACCAGAAUCAGAAUUUUUCUUUCCCCUCCCUCUCUCGUUUCUUCUCCCUCUGCAGCAAGGGAAGUACUGUGAAGCUGAACUUUCGCUAGAGUAGAGCGCGCAUAUUUUUCUCUCUUCUUCUCACGGAAAAUCACGUAUUGUGCUUUGUGUUGAUUCAAAUAGAGAGACACAUGCACCUUCUUGUUUGGUAGGAAGGUUCGUGGAGUUCGUAUUGUGCGGACUAUGGAAGAAUUCAGUCCAAUCCUUUUUUUUGAGCCAUGUAAUUUUUUUUCUGCUUAUGCUUUUGCGUUUUGCUCAUAUUCAUGAUUGAAUGAGCUAUGUUAAUUCUUAAAGAAUGAUGAGACACGCAUUUUUCGUUUAUUUAUACUGUGUAAUAAAAAUGGAGGAUAUGGCGAGAGAGAUAGAGAGAGAAAGUAGCAACUUCAGUAAUGUGAUAAUUUUUCAGAAAAAAGAUGCCCGAAUUUAUUUUCCUUUUUGUGUCGUACUUUUAAUUUAUGUUGAUAUAUGACAUUUAAAAAUUCUUCUUGUCGUAUAACAUCUAAGAAAACUAUGAAAGCUUUGCUUCUCAAUUUUUGCUUAAUAUGGUCCAUCUGAUAUUUCUUCUUAAUUGACACGAUUAUCUUCGUAAUGGGAUGAAGUACGGUUAAUGUUUUUUUUCCUUCAAGUUGACGACGAAUCAUGGGGUUUUUUCUUAUUUUAUUAUGCUUUCUCUUUAUUUGAAAAUUUAAGCCUUCUCAUGAAACAUCAAAAUAAAUCCAUCUGGUUUCUUACCUGAUUGAUGACGUAAAGAACAUCAGACGUUUGUUUCAUCCAUACAUAAAGAAAUAUUUUUCCUAUUUUUUCUCCCAUUGUAGGUGUUUAUUCAUUGUGCAAUGGACCUGGACUUUCUCAUGGCCCUUAUCUCGGAACGGUUACUCUGUGCUCCUUUGCCUCCAUUAUCAUAUUGUCAGUGAAGGCCUCUGUCUUUUCUUCAAUGUUGGAAUUGGAACCUAAAGAUAUAACUGAAUUGAUGAGGCAGAAGCUGCAUGUGAAGUCUCGGGGGAUGCCUGCCCUCUUUAUUUCUUCUUUGAUAUUUUCUCUUGGUCAUGCUAUGGUUGCUUAUCUUACAAGCUGCAAGGGAAGAAGAAAGUUGCAUUUUCAUCAAAUUGAUCCAGAAGCAGUAAGUUCCGAUUGAUUAUUGUGGUUUGAUUCAGUGAAAUCUAAAUCGUAAUCUCUUUUUUCUCCUACAUAUUAACCGCGUCCUUCUUUUGCAGAUCCUGGCCUGCAGGAAUGCUUUUUCUGGACAAGUGAAGGUCCCUCGGUCUCCCACUCCUUGUCAUAGUAGAAAUUCAAAAGGCAACAAUGAAAUAAAAAGAAAAGGCGUAGGUUUGCAUGAAAGUGAGCUUCCAAGUAGUUUACUUGCAGACGUUGAUAGCAUGUUUGUCACGUGUCAAGGCCUCACUAUUCACUACAAGAUCAGUGUAACUGAAUCUCCCCUUUCACGUUCUCUAUCUUCCUCAUCAUUUCCAGAGUCCAGUCCCAACUCCAGUCCACCUCAUAUUUCUCCAAAGCCUAACACUGAUAGAUUUCUGGCAUUUCCUUCCGGAUUCCCACAUAAUGUGGUAAGGAAUUUUAGCAACCAUCUUCAGACCUCUUCUCUUGAUGCUCCUUUGCUGGAAGAUUUAGCUGCGUCACCCACUUUCUUCUCUGAUGAAAUCUCUACUUCGAGCUCAGAGAACAGUAGUUGUAGUGUAUCUUUGUAUAAUCCUACAAGUUUGGAAAUAGAUGACGUGCAAGGUGGAAAAUUUGCUGUUGUAUUGGUGCAUGGGUUUGGAGGAGGAGUGUUCGCAUGGAGACAUGUGAUGGGUGUGCUUGCUCGACUAGUCGGCUGUAAUGUAGUGGCUUUUGACCGUCCUGGUUGGGGAUUAACAUCUAGACCCCGGAGAAGAGAUUGGGAAGAGAAGGAAUCGCGUAACCCAUAUAAGCUGGAAUCUCAGGUUGUUUGCCAACUUUAAGAAGAAAUUUUUUGCUUUAUGUUCUUUUCCCCAUAUAGAUUUGAAUAAACUUAUUUUUUACAGUAUUCCAUUGUAUGGUCCAUACCUUUUCUAUUUUUUAGAUAAUCAAGUUUUGUUCAUCUCCCUCCAUGACAAGGUUUUUAUUUUCAGCACUUCUUUUCUCCCUUCUCAGCAGUCUUCUCGAUUAACUUCGCUGAGACAUCAUUGAUGAUUGAUAUGUAUUCUGUUUGUAGUUUUCACUCAAUUAAUACGAGUCUAACUACAACUGGUUCUGGAUUUUUUCUUCUUUUGUAGUCUUUUUUCAGAUGAGAUUGCUAUCAUAUCCAAAUUCUGAUUAGUUCCCGUUUCUUUUUUUUUCCACAAUUAAUAGGAGUCUAAAUAUAACUGGUUAUGAGUUUUUUUCUUAUUUAGUAGUCUUUUCUAGAUGCGGUUAUUAUCAUAUCUAAAUUUUGAUUAGUUCCCGUUUCUGAUUCUCGAGAAAACUGAAACCCGUGUUUGUAUCUGCAAAAUACAUGCCCUGGAACCAAUAUGCAUGUUGUUUGCUUUUAUUCAAAUUUAUUCAAUUAUUAUCCCUCUCAUCUAGAAAUAUACUUAACCACGGCCGUGGGAUUCAGCAUGCUGUUUUCUUAAGCCGUAAUCUAGAAAACUCCUGUCGAAUGGGAACAAUUAAUUUAAACUGUGAAGAUGAUGAAGCCAAGGUGCUUGCUGUGACAUUUCAUACGCAUGUAAAGUCCAUGAAUUAAAAUUCGUUUAUGUAUAGAAUAUUUAUCGAUGAUUUUUUACCAAUGCAUUCCAUUCAAUAAGAUUCUAUAAUAAACCCUUCGAGUUUAUUUCAUGUCCAACCUUGAAACCAUUAGCAUCUUCAGUCAAGCAUUUUUAAACCUGGGCUGCAUAUGUAACGAUGCCCUCUUCUGAUCUUUUUUCAUAACGCUUGAUGAAUGAUGUAUUAUUUAUCAAUCGUCAUUAUAUCGUUUUCAUAUCUUUUGAUUUAAGUCAAUAUUAUUUUUGAUGAUGUGAACAGGUUGAUCUACUUCUCUCUUUUUGCUCUGGAUUGGGCCUUUCUUCAGUGGUUCUCGUUGGUCAUGAUGAUGGUGGGAUACUCGUUUUGAAGGCAGCUGAAAAGGCUCGAAGAUUUAGUUCUUUCAGUGUAAGUGAUCUUUAAAUGCACCAGAUUUUAGUCUACCUAGAAAACUGAAAAACUAUUCGCCUAUACAACUAAUACCUUUCAGGUUGGAUAUAACUUCCUAUUCAUUGGCCACUUCCCCCCCCUCCCCCCCCCCCAAUAAUUAGAAACAGAACCAUUGAAUCAAUUUGAAAGGAAAUGAGUCAUUACUUUAGUACCGUGCAAUUUAUAUGGAAAAGCGUAGACUUUUCCUAAUCGACAUCCAAAGUACCUUGUGAUGAUUUUCUCCAUUGGCAUAAAAAAUUGCUGAAUGUUAGCUAUUAAGCAUUUGAAUUUGUUCAAAUAUCGAGUUUUUGAUUUUUUUUUUCUGGAUUCCACUUGGUUUUAACCCCUGCUGACUAGGGCAAGUGUGCCAAGUCCCCUCCCUUCAGUGUGCCCCAUUCACAUUUGGCUGCUGUAUUUUUUUUUUAUCAUUUGCAAAAAAAAAAAAGAUCAACCGGCUAUUUUCUUUUUUUCCCAUCGUUUAUAGAUCUUUAUCUUGCUCCCUUACUGUUUAAAAUUCCGUCAUCAUUCAUGGCUCUUGAAGGGGCCAUUACGGCAAUGCCCCAAGGUGAUGCGUACAAGUAGGGGUGCAUCUCCAUAUAGAUAAAUCAGAUAUGUAUAUUUUUUAUGCGUAUUUAAUGAGCUUUUCUUUUACACAGCCACUUAGGAUUUUGUGAGAAUACGAAUAUUCUCUCGCGUAGAGUUUACUGUGAUUUUAUUUUUUUCCGUCUACAGAAGUUUAAUUUUUUUCUAGCUGCAAACUUUUCAGGUCGAAGUCAAGGGAGUUGUACUUGUGAGUGUUAGUUUGUCAAGAGCAGUUGUUCCUGGAUUUGCCAGGAUCCUCUUGCAUACUUCACUUAGAAAGAAGCAUAUGUUUCGCCCUCUUUUGCGCACAGAAAUUACUCAAGUAAUUAAUCGCCGAGCCUGGCAUGAUGCCACCAAGCUAACCACCGAGGUUCUGAAUGUCUACAAGGUAACAAACUUGUAUCGUCUUCUCAUUGCUAGUGCUUCAAAGAAUGGGAUCAAAAGAUUUUUCAUGCGUGUAAUUAAACACAACAGGGACUCCUUGCGAGAAAGGUCGGAUUUUUUUCCCCCCUAAUGAUUAGAUAGAUGCCUGCAAACUCUCUGUUUUAGAUGCUUCUUUCCUUUGGUUUGCUUGAGACAAAUGUGUGAGCGCCUCUGGGUCUCGUUUUUUAACAAACCUUGUGAUUUGUUUGGGUGCACGAUGCUUCUCACUAAUUUGAUGAUGCCGAGUGCCCACGAUGGGCGAGCUUUGAGAAGCUUUUCUUCCCUUCGUUAUUCUUUGCUUCUCUCUUUCAGGCACCAUUGUACGUGGAGGGAUGGGAGGAAGCGCUCCACGAGAUUGGGCGGCUAUCAUUUUCCACCGUUCUUUCACCGCAAGAUGCCUCAUCAUUGCUGGAGUCGGUCAAGGACCUACCGGUUCUGGUGGUGACAGGAGCCGAUGACGCACUCGUACCGCUCAAAUCAGCUCAACAAAUCGCCUCCAGACUCGUCAACUCCGUAAGUCUACUACGCCUGCCUCGCUGUCCAUUUGCGGGUCUGCAUCACCGCAGCCCAAACCCGGUCAGCCUCGACGGCGAUCACUCUAACCUCCUCCCCUCUCAGUCUUUGGUCCCAAAUCUGAGAAGAGAGUUCCCCCUGCCACGAUGAUCUGAUGCGGAAGAUAAUCCCGUCUUGUUGACCCUCCUGCAGAGGCUUGUUGCGGUCCCCGGGUGCGGGCACCUUCCGCACGAGGAGUGCCCGAAAGCACUGCUUGGAGCCCUGUCGCCGUUCAUUUCAAGCCUGCUCCCCCCGGAUUCACGGCGGCGUCCACUGAUCGAUUGA